AUGAAGCUCUUUCUGUUCAGUUGCUUCUUUGCCCUUGCGGCAUCCAUACCACAUAGCGUUCCCCCGAAGCCUCGCUUCGAUGUUGGAGGCAUGAUUACCAUGAUUGAAGACUUCUUUCCAGCUAAUCAGACGCUUUCGUUCAACACAACUGGUAUGGACCAAGCGUGGGCCCAGAUUGCGAGCAACUUCAGUCUCUCUGUGGAAGAAAACAGCCUACAGAAGGACCGCUGCGCCGACAUCAUGGUAGUAUUCGCCCGCGGCACGUACGAAAUCGGCAACGUCGGCGUUCUCGUGGGGGCACCUUUCCUGCAGGUGCUCCGAGAGCUAGCUGCCCCAGGCCUCACCAUCGAGAUGCAGGGCGUCGAAUACGCCGCGAACAUGACGGGCUAUCAACUUGGAGGGGAUCCAGAAGGGUCUCAGAAAAUGGCGGACACAAUCUUGACGGUCCAAAACAAAUGUCCAAGAGCGAAGGUGGUCGUAUCUGGAUACUCACAAGGAGCUCAGCUCGUACACAACGCUAUGAAAAAACUGAAGAAUACAACUCUCGAGGGAAUUGAUGCUGUGGUUACUUUUGGCGAUCCCCUGUAUCCUCGGAUCCCCGAAGGUGUUCCCGGCUGGAAGAUGCUCUCUGUUUAG